UUCCGCUCUCAGCCCCUAUAUAGGCCCGGCACGGGCGGUCCCUCCUCCUCUCCGGGCUUUUGUCGGAAAGACCGGGUCGUGCUCCAGCUUCAUCUCCGUCGAUCAAGAUGCCUGAAGAAAUCCAGCAUGGCGAAGAGGAGGUGGAGACUUUUGCCUUCCAGGCAGAGAUUGCCCAGCUUAUGUCCCUGAUCAUCAAUACGUUCUACUCCAACAAAGAAAUCUUUCUGCGGGAGAUAAUUUCCAACGCCUCUGAUGCCCUGGACAAGAUCCGCUAUGAGAGUCUGACGGAACCCUCAAAGCUGGAAAGUGGCAAGGAGCUGAAGAUAGACAUCAUCCCCAAUCCCCAUGACCGGACCCUCACACUGGUGGACACUGGCAUUGGAAUGACCAAGGCAGAUCUGAUCAACAACUUGGGCACCAUUGCCAAGUCUGGCACCAAGGCCUUCAUGGAAGCCUUGCAGGCUGGAGCAGACAUCUCCAUGAUUGGGCAGUUCGGUGUGGGCUUCUACUCUGCUUACCUGGUGGCUGAGAAAGUGGUGGUCAUCACCAAGCACAACGAUGACGAACAGUAUGCCUGGGAGUCAUCUGCAGGGGGUUCCUUCACUGUUAGAACUGAUCAUGGUGAGCCCAUUGGCCGGGGCACCAAAGUGAUCUUGCACCUGAAGGAUGAUCAGACGGAGUACCUGGAGGAGCGCCGUAUCAAGGAAGUGGUGAAGAAGCACUCGCAGUUCAUUGGCUACCCCAUCACCCUCUAUGUGGAGAAAGAGCGUGAGAAAGAGAUCAGUGAUGAUGAGGCUGAGGAGGAAAAAGAUGAAAAGGAGGAAGAAGAGAUGACUCCCAAAGAGGAGGAGAAGCCCAAGAUUGAGGACGUGGGCUCAGAUGAGGAGGAGGAAGGUGGCAAGAGCAAGAAGAAGACCAAGAAGAUCAUGGAGAAGUACAUCGACCAGGAGGAGCUGAACAAGACCAAGCCCAUCUGGACCCGCAAUCCUGACGACAUCACCCAGGAGGAGUAUGGCGAGUUCUACAAGAGCCUCACAAAUGAUUGGGAAGACCACCUGGCUGUCAAGCAUUUCUCUGUGGAGGGGCAGCUGGAAUUCCGGGCACUUCUUUUCAUCCCACGCCGGGCCCCGUUUGACCUCUUUGAGAACAAGAAGAAAAAGAACAACAUCAAGCUGUAUGUCCGCCGUGUCUUCAUCAUGGACAGCUGUGAUGAACUUAUCCCAGAGUACCUGAACUUCAUCCGGGGUGUGGUGGACUCUGAAGACCUGCCCCUGAACAUUUCCCGUGAGAUGCUGCAGCAAAGCAAGAUUCUCAAAGUGAUUCGCAAGAACAUUGUCAAGAAAUGCCUAGAACUCUUUGCAGAGCUGGCAGAGGACAAAGAGAACUACAAAAAGUUUUAUGAGGCCUUCUCCAAGAAUCUCAAGCUGGGGAUCCAUGAAGAUUCAACCAACAGAAAACGCCUGUCUGAGCUGUUGCGUUACCACACCUCUCACUCGGGCGAUGAGAUGCACUCCCUCUCCGAGUAUGUGUCCCGCAUGAAGGACAAUCAGAAGAGCAUCUACUACAUCACCGGGGAGAGCAAGGAGCAGGUGGCCAACUCAGCCUUUGUGGAACGUGUGAGGAAACGGGGAUUUGAGGUGGUGUACAUGACAGAGCCCAUUGAUGAGUACAGUGUUCAACAGCUGAAGGAGUUUGAUGGCAAAACCUUGGUGUCUGUGACCAAGGAAGGCCUGGAGCUGCCAGAAGAUGAGGAUGAGAAAAAGAAGAUGGAGGAGAGCAAAGCCAAGUUUGAAAACCUUUGCAAACUCAUGAAGGAAAUCCUGGAGAAGAAGGUUGAGAAGGUGACAGUCUCAAAUCGGCUGGUCUCUUCCCCCUGCUGUAUUGUCACCAGCACCUAUGGCUGGACAGCCAACAUGGAGAGGAUCAUGAAGGCCCAGGCCCUGCGUGACAACUCCACCAUGGGCUAUAUGAUGGCCAAGAAGCACCUGGAGAUCAAUCCUGAACACCCCAUUGUAGAGACUUUGCGUCAAAAGGCUGAGGCAGACAAGAACGACAAGGCCGUCAAGGACCUGGUGGUGCUGCUCUUUGAGACGGCGCUGCUUUCAUCUGGCUUCUCGCUGGAGGAUCCACAGACACAUUCCAACCGUAUCUAUAGGAUGAUCAAGCUGGGGCUAGGUAUUGAUGAAGAUGAAGUGGCUGCCGAAGAACCCAGUGCUGCUGUCGCUGAAGAGGUCCCUCCACUGGAGGGAGAUGAGGAUGCAUCACGCAUGGAAGAAGUAGAUUAAAGAAAGUGAUCUUCCUCUUGUUCUCCCCUGCCCACCCCCGUUCUUCCCUUGCACCAUUGCCCUGCUCAGGAAGCCUGGCUCUGGCAGUGCUAAUUGCACACCUCAGUAAUGGUCUGUUACUCCUCUGUGUAUAAUUGGUAGCCAGUGUGGCAAGGGGCCCCCAUACCUAUGAGCUCUGUCUUUCUGCUCACUUAGAAGAAGCUACUGUGGGGGACAGGGACUGGUCCACUGGCUUUUAUUUUUUUUCUCCCCACCCCCACAGACAGGGUUUUAUCCUAAAUCUCGGCUGCCAAGUGUCCAGCCCACCACAGUGGAGGUGAACACAAAGCAAUUGCCUUUCCCAGAGACAGUGAGUUUAUUUCUUGUCUGCAUCUCUCACUGCUGCCCCUUGUCUUCAGAGGGCAGGGAAGUGUACUUCUGUUGGCUGUUUGUAUUUGGUUUUGUUUUACUGGAAUUAAACUUACAAAGAAUGUGGUUUACAAAGAAA